GUGCCCACGCGUCGCAGGUGGCCAACCGCCCUGGCUCCUAACAAAAUAAUAACAAUAACAUCACCAACAAGGAGAGAGCCAACAUAAUAAAAACCGUCUCCCCUCCUCCGGCCUUGGCUACUUUUAGAACAAAACAAAAUCAAUGGCUAUGAUAGCUCGAAACACCGCCUCUCGCCUUCCUACCCUCCUCUCCUCACACCGCGGCACCGGCGCCUUCUCUCUCCACACUACUCUGCCUUCCCUCUCGGCGGAGGCAACGCCACCUACACCUUAUGGCCGUGCACCGCCACCUUCGACUUCUUUUCCUACUGGGCUUUCAAAGACCGCGGAGUACGUAAUAUCGAAAGUCGACGAUCUGAUGAACUGGGCCCGGCGCGGUUCCAUCUGGCCAAUGACAUUUGGUCUGGCUUGCUGCGCCGUGGAAAUGAUGCAUACCGGUGCUGCUAGAUACGAUCUGGAUCGGUUUGGUAUUAUAUUUAGACCUAGUCCUCGCCAGUCUGAUUGUAUGAUUGUUGCUGGUACUCUUACUAAUAAGAUGGCUCCUGCUCUUCGCAAGGUUUAUGACCAAAUGCCUGAGCCAAGAUGGGUCAUCUCUAUGGGGAGCUGUGCAAAUGGUGGGGGAUAUUAUCACUACUCCUACUCUGUCGUACGGGGUUGUGAUAGGAUUGUCCCUGUAGACAUUUAUGUCCCAGGAUGCCCGCCCACAGCUGAGGCCUUGCUCUAUGGAUUACUGCAGCUUCAGAAAAGGAUUAACAGGCGUAAGGAUUUCCUCCACUGGUGGACUAAAUGAGUGCAUUUUAGGUUGCUGCUGGCGGAGUGAACUGCAUCUUUGUGCUCAAAUAAAAACAAUUAUGUAUCUGUUCAUGGUUUAAGUGCUCUAUGAAAGGAAUGAUUGUUUGUUUUAUUAUCAGUAUGGAUAUCUUUGUGGAAUUCACAAAAGCCAUCUAUAGAUCUUAGUUUAUUGUGGUGGCUGCAGAUGCUGUAAAACUUGUUAUAAGUGACCUCCUCUUGUGGUUGGUGGUGUAAUUGUUAGACAGCUCCUUUUGUUUCUUGUAAUAUGGAGAGUAAAAUAAAGAGCUUUUGUUGCUUGCA